CCCAAACGAAAUUUCUGACAAUGUAAGUGCAAUGUGUUAACUGCGUGCUGGCAUGGGAUGAGAUAGAUGAUGGACCAGAAGUCGUUGAUGUUUGUUUUAUCUGAAACUAGAAAAACAAAUACCUAAAAAAUGGAGUAUGGAGUCUUUAUCUUUAUUCUGUCGCUUUUACUUUAAACUUAAUCAAGCAAAGUAGAUGCCAUGGAUCCUGCUUUUUUGGCAAAUUCUUUUUUCCGGUUAUGCACACUAACUGUAUUACACAAAGUAAUAUCACCAUCUUAGUUUGUGAGAGAGAGAGAGAGAGAGAUGGGGAGUGUUCCUAGAAUGACAAAGCCUUAUAGAGCAGCCAUGAGAGGCAAGUGGACGGAGGUGAAGAGCUUCUAUGAUAAGCAUAAUGAACUGUUGCAUACUCCUCUAACGGCUGCUGGGGACACUGCCCUCCACAUUGCGGUUUACAUUGUUAAAACAGACUUGCUUGAAGCUCUGCUUCAGAAGUUAAAGUCGGAAUCUGAAGACUUCCCAUUUAAUAUUGAAGGAUACUCACCCUAUCAAGUGAAGAAUGAACAUGGUCAUACACCUCUUCAUUUAGCCGCAGCAGCUGGAAAUCUCCCAGCACUUAAACUCUUACUGGACUAUGAUGUAGAACUACUAAAUGUUCAAAAUAACAGAGAAGAAACUGCCCUGUUUCGCGCUGCUGCAUUUGGCAGGACAAAAGUGGUCAGGAAUUUAGCUUCGAGAAUCCACGAUAAGGGACCACACCUCAGGAGAAAGGAUAGCACAUCUAUUCUUCACAUUGCUAUUCUUGGCAAAUACUUUGAAACGGCUGUGGAAUUGCUCAAGUGGGGUGUUUCUCCAUAUAUGGUGGAUGAAAAUGGCAUGACUGGUUUUCAGCUGCUAGCUAACAUGCCAUCUGCUUUCAAAAGUGGAUACCGAAUGGGCAAAUUGAAGGCGUUGCUAUACUAUUGCCUUCCAGAUGUGGAAUAUGCUGAAAAUUUUGACAAGGAAAUUGAUCCUGAACCGCAUGUCAUGUCGUGUCAGAAUGUAGAUAUAGAAAGUGGCAAUGCAAAGAAAUAUCUCCAACCAUCUAGUCAGCCGGCAGAACGCCCUUCUGUGGUCUCAAGAGUGUAUAAUGCCUUUUGGAGAUGCGUAGCUAGAGGAUUCCCAAUCAUCAAAGAGCUGUGGCGCGAUAAGAAGAAGCAUACUAAAGUGCUAGAGCUUACAAAGAUUUUAGCUGAAACAGAUUUUUCGUGGAAGAGUGGACACUCUGGUGGAGCUCCUAAUGAAAAGAUCUCCACAUUGAGAGAUGAUGAAGAAGAUAUAGGCGGAGGAGAAAAGCAAGAAGACGAAGACGCAAGUGAUGAACGUCCUCCACCUAAAGCAGCUUCGAGUAGUAGUUUCCUUUAUGAGACUCCAUUUAUUGCUGCUGCAAGAAAUGGGAUCUUAGAGAUAGUACAGGCUAUUCUUCAUGUUUAUCCACAGGCUUAUUGAACAUGUAAAUUACAAAAAUGAGAAUAUCUUUCAUGUUGUGGCCAAGCAUCGCAGGACAGAGAUUUUGGACCUUCUAGAAUCUUCAUAUGUUCCCAUAACAAGGCUGAGGAAGAAGAUCAAUGUUGAUGGGGAUAGUAUUCUGCAUUCUGCCGCAUACUUAGGUCUGUCUUUCUCAAGGGACAGGCCUGGAGAAGCCCUUCGCAUGCAGUCUGAGAUACAAUGGUUUAAGCGAGUCCAAAAAAUUGUGCCCCAGUAUUUCAUCAACCAUCGAAAUUCAAAUAAAAUGACAGCCCAAGAAUUGUUCACUGAAGAGCACAAGACGCUGGUGAAAGGUGCGCAAGAGUGGCUAAUGCGAACCACACAGGCAUGCACUUUAGUUGCAGUGCUGAUUGCCACCGUUGCUUUUACCUGUGCCUACACCGUUCCCGGAGGUACCAGUAAAACCGGCCAGCCUCUUCUUUUGAAGACGACAGCUUUCUCGAUCUUUGCCACCUCGGAUGCAUUGUCUCUGUGCUUCUCACUGACUUCAGUGGUGGUAUUUCUGUCCAUUAUGACAUCCAAAAUGCACGAGCAAGAUUUCAGGAGUUCUCUGCCAUCGAAGCUUGUUUUGGGGCUGACCACUCUGUUUUUAGCUGUGACGUUCAUGAUGGUUGCAUUUGCUGCUACUCUCAUGCUCAUGAUAAGACAGAGGCUGCAUUGGGCCGCCAUUCCUAUCUAUACCAUUGCUUGUUGCCCUGUUACCAUUUUUAUUUUUCUCCAACUCCCUCUUUACCUCAAUAUUGCUUGGUUCACAGUUAAGGACUUGUUUUCUGGCAUUUCUGCCUAAUUAUUAUGUCUAGGAUUGUUUCUGCUUUCCGGUUUUUCCUUGUAAUUAUCUUCUUUUCUUUCUCUUUUUCUUUUUGGUCUGCUAGAAAUCUUUAUUUCUGUCUGCUCUGCAUUUGAAUGUUGUAAGAGCGUUACAAUUUGGUAGAAUUUUUUAAUGUUUAAUUAGCUUGGAUAUCCCACAGUUACUUUUUAAAAGACACAAUAAUUUGCCAUGAAGUUAUAGAAAUUUCCUUGAAUUAUGAAAGCUACAGAUAAUAUCCGUUUGAAUUUCACUUACAAA